AUGAGUCCCAUUCAAGCACCCGUGGCCCAGGCAGUCACUGUCAGUCUCAAGGAAUUGGAAGAUGGAACCGUCUCCUUCGACACCCUCACUGAGGCAUUUGGUCCCUCUUCCCUGGGCAUCAUCAUCGUGAAAGACCUACCCAAGGAGUUUAUCCAACUCCGAGCCCAGACUCUUUCACACGCAUCCUAUCUCGCUGCCCUUCCAAAGUCGGAUCUAGAAUCCCUCGAAAGCCCCGAAUCCAACUACCUAGUCGGCUGGUCCUGCGGCAAAGAAACUCUCAAAUCAGGAACCUUCGACACCCUCAAGGGCUCCUACUACGUCAACUGCGCCUUCUACCAAGAUGCCGCCCUGCAAAACGCCCCCGCCGACGGCUUCCCAGAUCUGCCCCAGUACACGGCGCCCAACAUCUGGCCGCCAGAGCGCAAACUGCCCAGUUUCCGGCCCAGUGUGGAAGCACUCUGCACAUUGAUCAUCGACACCGCUGCGCUGGUAGCCAAGGCAUGCGAUCGCUACGCCGAGGCAAAUAUCGAAGGCUACAAGCCGGGGUAUCUAGCGCACGUCGUGAAAACGAGUCUCACGACAAAGGCACGACUACUGCACUAUUUCCCCAAUACAUCCCCGUCUACGUCGGAGACCAGCGAUGAUGCUACCACCGAAGAGGCCGACGACGACGACUGGUGCGCUACACACGUCGACCACGGCUGUCUAACAGGCCUCACAUCAGCAAUGUUCCUCGACGAAGCAUCCACCCUGCCCAUCCCAGAUCCAACACCAACAACCUCUCUCCCUGAACUGCCCCAAUCCCCCGACCCCUCUGCGGGUCUGUAUAUCCGCUCGCGCGCGGGGACAGUCGUCAAAGUGAAUAUUCCCAAAGAUUGUCUUGCUUUCCAAACUGGGGAGGCGUUGCAGCUUAUUACCCAGGGCAAGUUUAGGGCUGUGCCGCAUUUUGUGAAGGGGGCGAAGUGUGGGGGUGGGAAGGAGAGGAUUGCUAGGAAUACGUUGGCGGUGUUUACGCAGCCGAAUCUUGGGGAGGAGGUGCAGGAGGGGUUGACCUUUGCGGAGUUUGCGAGGGGGGUUGUUGCGAAGAAUUAUUAG